AUUUAGGCGACUUCGAAGCUCGUUCGUUUGACGAGGACGACGUGUAGACCUGCGUGUAGACGCGCGUCUGCUGCGGUCGGUGCGUUUGGAAACCCUCCUAACAAAAAAACCUCGCCACGAUCUCGAACAGAGCUUCGCGAUGGUGAUCUUCGGCUCUCCCACCACUAUCGUGAGCGAGUUGGUCAAGGAGGCUCUGCUGCGCUGCUUUUGCAACACGUGCAGGAGCGCACCCACCCUCGACCGCAACAAGAGUCAGCCGAUGAUUCUGAAGCCUCUUGUGAGGACGCGGCCUCCUCGACGGACUGGCAUGCUCAUGGCGACGGAGGUGCGCUGCAAAGAGCAGAGCAAGGGUGGUCUCAAGUACGAGCUGGUGCUGGCCGACCCCUGCAUGGACUCGCCGCUGCGCAAGCCCAGCACCAGUCCGCCCAAGAGCAUCUCUGCCGAGGACAUCGAAAAAAAGCUCAAGGAAGCUGAGGAGAGACGCCUGUCCUUGGAGGCGAUGAAGCUGAACCAGCUGAACGAGAAGAUGAGCCGGCUGGCUGAGGUGAACCAGAAGAAGGAAGGCCUCACCGCAGAGUUCCAGGAGAGCAUUCGGCAAAACUACGAGAAGAAGAUCGAGGCCUUCAAGGAGAACCGUGAGGCGCACAUCAAGUCCAUCCAGGAUAAGCAGCGCGAGCAUGUGAGCCGAGUGGAGGAGGUGCGCAAGUCGUUGGAUGCACAGACACAGGAGAUGCUGGCCAGCAUUCAGAAGAAGAUAGAGAAUGCCAACGAGGCGCGCGAGGCUCAGAUCGCAGCGCUCCAGGAGCGCCUGAGGAACCACGACAAGCACAUCGCAGAUGUGCGGAAGCAGCUGGAUGAACAGGUGGACGAGAAGCGCGAGAAGAUCCAGAAGAAGCUUGACACUGCCCAGGAGAACCGUGCUGCCAUCUACCGUGAGCUGCAGAUGAAGCUUCAGGAGAAGGAGAAGCAUGCCGAGGAGGUGCGCCAGAACAAGAACCAGACCGCCGAGUCUCCCACUCGGGAAGGUGCCGUCGAGACCGCUGUGUCUGGCUAGAUCCCCAAAGGCUACGUUUAGUUGCAACCUAGUUUCUCACCGUUCAUUUUUCGUUUUCCCGUUAAGUUAAGUUACAGGUUGUAGUUUAUUCUAGCGAGGUCUCGUAUCACCAUAUACGCGUAAGCGAACGCUUCAAAACCAAUUACUUUGGCCUCUCUCACCACGGGCGUUCUGUCCUUCCCGUGCAUUUUCGUUGAUUGCGUUUUUUUUUUAACUCUGGUUGUGCCUACAUGCAAGCAUUUUAGAUAAUUGCUGCACAGUCCAGGCUCAGACUUGCCCAGGCUUGUUGUCACUGCCUUACCUGUGUUUAUUGUCGCCUCGUUUAUACAGCAAGCGUCGCGUAUAUACGCCCAAGAUAUACUCGUAAUGUUAUAUAUCCUUACUUAUGCAGUCAUUCCUUUUUUAUUCGUUUGUUUUGCUAUUCCCAGAGCACAAAGUUGAAAGUAGGAACUUUCAAAGGAAAUGGCGUGCAUUUCUUUUUAAUGUCAAGCAUUUUUUUUAUGACUUUCUUGUCGUUCGUCGAGAAGUGGCGAUUGCUGGUGCAGUUUUAACGAUUGCCAGGCUUGUAAAAGGCACUGCUGUGCGUAUGUGUAAGAUGAGCGUGUUUCCAAGCUUGAAUCCGAGCUUUCUUCAAGAUAGCCUCAGGUAUGUUUUGUCACGCAGGGUGUGUAUAGAACAAAAAAGGCAAGCAGUGUUUGCAUCACGUUUUGCAAGCUUUGUAACCGGACUUCAGUCCGUUGCUUUGAGCCUUGCACUGAUUUCAGCGUAUCUCCCAUCACUAUCUGCGACAGCCUCGUGUGCCAUAUACUAUCUCGUAGCCUGCCUUGUUGCCUUAAGUACCUGUGAACUGGACCAAGCAUGCUUUCUCGGCAGGGUCUCAGCCGGCGCAUUUUCGCGAAAGACACUAUGCCUUUUUAAGUUCCAGUCACUUCCAUGAGUUUGCUACACAUUCUGCUCGUCGUCAAAGCUGUGAAGAAUUGAACGUGAUUGGAAAAGCAAGCCCCUUUCAGAGAUAUUCUGACCAGGUUAUCCAGACGUAGUAGUGUGUGCAAGUAUGAAAAACUGGUGCAUGUAGAUGUAAACAUAUAUAUAGUGUAGCAUUCAUCUCUCAAGUUAACUUCACCAAAGAAUGUACCACUAUUUGACUAAUGUAAAAUAUACUUUUUAUUAGCCGUAUAUCCAAGGAGUCUUGAGGGUGCCUCCCAUAUCUUUAUGGGGCAGCUGUAUUUUUCUGGCUCGCCUUUAUGACAGAGCUUGCGAAUUUACGUAAACUUCUAGCAGAUCUAAGGUAUUGGAGCGAUAUUUGCUCAGGUUGUCUUGGUGAAACAACUUGGACUCUGCUUAACUGUCUCAUAACUAUUUAGUAGAUGUUCAGGUGCUGAGUCGACCGUCGACCCUUCUCGGGCUGUCGCGCUGGCAAUGUUGUAAAAGUGCGACUGUCCUGUGUCGGUAACUGCGAGGAAACCAAGCAGGUAGAACAACUUUUCCAAAGUGGAUGCCGUGUGUGGUCAUUUUUACGGAGGCUGUAAAAAAAAAAAAACUGCCUUGUGAUAACUGGUGUUUCCCAACAAACGGUGGUGUUUGUCCCUUCGUGUGUAAACUGUUGUAGCUGUUGUAUCUAUCCCUCAAUGAACAUUUGCUUAUCCCUUCGUUUUCCAUUUGAAUUUCGUUCUGUACACAGCAACGCCCUGUAUCUGAAGGUCUGUAAAUGUCACAUGCAUCUUUCUCCUCCCUUCACCCGUGUGUGUAUUCCUGCCCUGUGAAGUCAAAUAGUCAUUUUUUUUUUCCUCACUGUCCUCGCGACUUGGCACUUGUGUAUUACUUUUGCGAGUUAUCAAUAAACUGAUGAGUUCGAC